CGGGACGGUGGGUAGGUGGGGCGGAGAGCCGUCAAAAUAUCAGCACCUCUCCUCCUCCUCCUCACUUUCAAACUAUAUGUUGCCUCUCAUCAACAAUACAAGACUCAGAAACGAGCCGGAGGUCAUCAGUUGCUAAGUAAAAGCUCUCUGGCUGAACUUACAAAUACAGAUUAACCUGUAACAAAAAAACAUCAUGACUGGAACAGCAGUGGUUCUGAUGAGCCUGGUCUUCAUCCUCUCUGUGGGAGCAGAGGAUAAAUCAAGACUCUACCGCAGGCCUGCAUGCGGAGGUUUGAGCUUCAAUCAAGCGUGUCCUCUCAACUACUCUCCUGUGUGUGGUAAUGAUGGCAUCACAUACGUCAAUGAGUGCACCCUGUGUGUGCAGAGAAUGCACACUAAUGCAGACAUUUUGAUUGUGAAAGACGGCAGCUGCUGAGGUGGAGGACCUUAUGAUGCCAUCACUUCGCUUUUCAUAUCUAUGUUUGUUUAAGAGUGUCGUUUGCUAGGCUCAUCCAGAUCAGUAUACCUAUAAACAGUAGAUGUGUGAACACCUACCACAUGUUAAAAUUAAAAAUAUGAGUUCUGCUAAAAGCAAGUACUAAUGUAUCAGUUUUAUCACAUAUGAGUGGCUUUGAGUGGAUAGUGAUUUUCUACUAAGUCUGUUGGUUUCAUGACCCUGUCCUGUCUUUAUUUAACACAUUUCUUUCUUUAAUAUAAAUUUCUUCUUUUAUUUCUGUCGGAACUGCUCUGAGUGCAAUGUUUUAGGAGUGACGUUUUGGAGUUUAUUUUUCUAAAUAUGUUUUUAAAAAAUCUAAUGAUGUCUGAUUGCAAGCUGUGGGAGGACAAUUUAUACCUUUACCUUUUUUGCUAAUAAAAUAAACAUACUUGACCA